AGCGCUGGGGCCGAGCUUCCGGAGAAGUCAGCGGCCUGCCUGGGGGCCCAGCGGGGUUAGGGGCGGAGCGCAGGACUGCUGAGCGCAAAGAGAAGCGCUCUCUAGGCCAGUCGCACCGUUCCUUCCCACCGUUCCCACGGCUUCAGGAGGCACCAGUGCAGGUUCCCUCUCCCUAAACACCGCUCCAGCGCAUCGCAGCGCUGUGUUGUGCGGCGCUCAGCUCCAAGAGAAGCCUGGACAGCAGCAUGGAGCCCUCAGAAAAUAUGAAGAUCUUGCUGGUGCUAUACGAACAGGAAGCCAAGGAAUGGGCUCUAUAUUUGAGAGACGUCCUACUCCAUAUUGUGAAGAUAGAGGCAAUGAUGUUAUAUAGCUUGACCAACUCCUCUGCACAACAUUUGGAAUUACUGGGCUUAAAUACUUACAAAUGCAAACUACUGAUAUUAUCAAAUAGUCUCCUGAAAGGUCUGACGCCUAGGAAAUGCCGUUUUUUGGACACACUGCUCCAUUCACCAGAAAGUGUAGUCAUCCUGCUCUGUGGAGUAAAGAGUUCAGAUGAGCUUUAUGAAUUAUUAACCAUCUCCCCAGGCAGCCAGGAGAUCUCCACUGAGCAGGAGCCAGAAGAUUACAUCUCAGUUAUCAGGAGCAUCAUAGAAAGAGGUUCCCAGAAUUACUUUGAAGUUAACAAUCCAAUAGAAAUAGGAACGGAACUCUGUAUAGAAACAAAUAUGACAAGGGAGAUGGGGGCAGCAUCUAAAAUGCCUGAAAAUAGUAUGUCAUCAGUACUAGUUCUACCAACUAGGAUAUCCUGUGAGGAUCCUGGUGACAUAUUCAUUCUUUUGAAAGAUGAAAUAAUUGGUGACAAUAUUGAAAUAGAAUUUGCUACAGAAAGCAAGUGUAUUAGAACACAGCCACCUCUUUGGAGCAAGACAGUCAGGUGUAUGAAAGCUUUAGAUUUCCCUGCUGGCUCUGUCAAUGUAAAUGUCUACUGUGAUGGAAACAUUAAGGCCACAACAGAGAUUAAAUAUUACACAAUAGAAAAUGAGAUUGAACACCCACUCAAAGAGGCUGAUCCAGGAACUGUGAUUCAACAGGCCUCUUUAGAAGAACUUGAUGCCAUUCUUACCUCUAUAUUCAAAGCUGAGAUACCACACUAUGAUCUUAGAUAUCUCCAACAAGAAAUGCACCAUCAAGAAAAUAAACAAUUUCAAGAACUUCCAACCCUUCUCCAUUGUGCAGCAAAGUUUGGCUUAAAAAAUUUGGCUGUCCAUUUACUUCAGUGUUCAGGUGCAAGCUGGGCAUCAAAAGCUGGAAAUAGAGAAGGAGCAAACCCUGCACAUAUUGCUGAAAGUCAAGGUCACAAGGAACUCAAGAGAAUUUUUGAAGAAUUUUCAGUAAGUUACAAAUGGGCCCAAACAUUUUAUAUGUGUUUGUAUACUGUCCUUAUAUGAAAAUGUCAGUAUUUAUCCAUUAUCACUAGGAGUUUGGAUUAUUUUCCAGUAAAAGCCAUUGAUUAAAAUGAUCAGUUCAGACUUUCUUAUUUUUACCCAGUUCCACAAGUAACCAAAAAGUUUUGUCAGUUAAGUUUAGCAAUAUAGUAAAUAGUUAAUCUUUAUUUUCACCUUAUUUAAAACAACAACAACAAAAACCUCUGAAUUUCCUCCAUGUUAUAUAACCUGCUUGUAAGAGGUAACAAAAUUAAUGCAGUAAUUUUUACCAUUUGCCUACUAUAAGUGGUUGCUGGAUUAAUACAAACGAUUAGAAUAUGUAUGCAAAAUACAAUAAAAGUUUUUUUUAAUCUGGUA